AUGCGGUUCUUCCUUUCUACUCUCUCCGUCGCUGCUUUCGCCAUCUGCACUGGCGUCUCCUCCCAUGUCUACGCUAGUGCCGCGCCUGAUUUAAUCGGGAAACCUGGUGGAAUCGAUACUGGGGAUAUUGCCUGCAUUGGACAAUGUGUGAAGAAUCCCCAUGUGCUUGGUUGUGAGAAUCCACAGUUUCAGGUGCAACAGGGUUGCUAUAUGUGCUGUUAUAGCGACGACGACGCGGGCGAUUUCGCCGAUCAUAUUCCGGAUGACUUUGCGGAUAACUAG